GCACGCUCGUAAAGGGGAGCGGAAACUGCGCUGUAUCGCGAACCCUCCGCCCGUAUCUUUUGCCGAGGGAGCUCUUAUCUUGCGCGGCGGUUGUCUUAUCAGGCGGAAAGUCAAUCUUAUCGCCAGUAGCAGCAGCAGAAACCCGGGGAAAAGUAGUGAAAAGCAGCCAGCUCAGUGUGACAAAAUUUGGUUGGAAUUAAAUGUGUUUUUCCGCGGUUCCUCGAUAUUCUGCUUGCUUAAUUAGAGGGAUCAGGAUCAGGAUCAAGAGCAAGGUAACAGGCCAUCCCUUCAUGUUCCACAACUAUCGAGCGUCUGCUCUGCCACGAAAGGAUUAAGCACGCUGCCAUCUCAACAUGCCGCUCUUCACGAGGAAGUCUCCCAAACAGGGCACCAUGGCGGACGGUGCUCCCCAGUUGGGCGCCCGCAUGAACUCCGGAUCCUCGCAGGGUAACCAAAUGAGCAAUAUUAAUAACAACAAUGUUACGGACAAGUCGAAGCCACCGCUGGUAUUCCACUGCCAGCUGGCCCAUGGCAGUCCCACUGGCCUCAUCCAUGACUUCUCCAGCGUGCGCGAGCUGUACCAGAAGAUUGCCGAGUGCUUCGACAUCUCCGAGAAGGACAUUCUCUUCUGCACCCUCAACUCGCACAAGGUGGACAUGGCGCGCCUCCUGGGCGGCCAGAUCGGCCUGGACGACUUCAUCUUCGCCCACCGCAAGGGUCGGCCCAAGGAGAUCGAGAUCGUGAAGUCACAGGACGCUCUCGGCCUGACAAUCACGGACAAUGGGGCCGGCUACGCCUUCAUCAAGCGGAUCAAGGAGGACUCGAUCAUCGAUCGCAUUGAGCACAUCUGUGUUGGAGACCACAUCGAGAAACUCAAUGGCCAGAACAUGGUGGGUAAGCGACACUUUGAGGUGGCGCGCAUGCUCAAGGACAUACCCACCGGCGAAACCUUCACCCUGCGUCUGGUGGAGCCAGUGCGGAGCGGAUUCCAGGGCAUUGGACCGCGUAGCGGGUCUAGGGCAUCCGGCAGCGGAAUGCCCGGAGGUCGCAACUACGGGAGUGGCAAGGAGACGCUACGGUUCAAGGCCAACGGCAAUGCCCAGAUCGAACCGCAGUUCGACGAGGCGACCGUGGCCGGGAUAGAGGCCAUCAACAACCUGCUGGAGUCCUUCAUGGGCAUCAACGACACGGAACUGGCGUCGCAGAUCUGGGACCUGGGAGACCAAAAGUCCAACUCAAUGGACUUUGCCGAGGCCAUCGACAACUCGGACCUAGAGUCCUUUGGCUUCACGGAUGACUUUAUCAUCGAGCUGUGGGGUGCCAUAACGGAUGCCCGGCGCAAGUCCACGAUCACCCCCAAGUAACCGGCGACCAUCCCGUCUUUGCCCAGAAUUCCGGACUCGGAUACUUCACUUAGCCUGUCUAUUGGGGACCAAUAAAGCGCCCAGAAAUGUGGACUGUUUCUUAGUAAUUGUCUACUUGUUUUAGAGCCUAGUUAUAUCUAUCACACAUCGUGCUAUCAUGUUACCCAUAUUCGAGCCUAUGUCGCCUGCCUUUGCCAAUUAUUUAGUUGUUCGUAUAUUGCCCGCACGGUAAUCUAUUUAUUAUUAUAUUUGUUCAGAUGGAGAUAGAGGGGGAAGCGCUGAUGAUGAUGAGGCAUCCAUACUAUAUAUAUUUUGGUACAAUUUGUUCGAUGUACAUACGUAUAACUGUAUUUCUUUAGUUUUAUUAUCAUUUAAACAAUACAAAUACAUUUAAAUUAUUUAAAUCGAA